AUGUCACAAUCUCGCCAGAAGCGGUAUUCUAUAAAUUUUUCGGCCCCAGCAUCCCCGAUUUCGCCGACUGUGGCCCGGUUUCCGUCGGAUGGAUCAAGUGGAUCGCACUGCAUCAGACCGCUAUCUUCGAGAACGCAAUCGGCUCGGCCGUCAUCAGCGUAUGGAUUGGGUGUGAGUCGGUCGGAAUCGCAUAGAAAUGGAUCGAUCAAGUCGUUUUACCGCAUCCCCACUGAUCAGCAAAACGUGUCACUCGACUCUUUGACCGGUUCGUCCUCGAUCAAGCUGCUUCUGAUUGGAGAUGCAGCGGUCGGAAAAACAGCCAUGAUUCUGAGCUACUGCAACGAGCUCCCCACGCGGUCUCAGGCCAGCAUAAUAGCCAAAGGCAGUCCCAGAGCUCCCUCGUUGGUGUCGCAGAGAAACAAACGGUUACAAAACCUGAAGACGAUCGACAAACGCAAAAGGUACAGUCUCAACGACUACGAGGAAUUGUUUAACAACCCGACUUUGAGUCACGGAACUCCAUCUAUCCUGGAAGAGGCGCAGUCAGAUUCCAAACAGGACCGCGAAGAUCCAAACGAAAUUAUUAUAGAUACAAGAAGCACAAUCGGCGUGGAUAUCCGAACAAAUUUGGUCAACAUCGACAACCGCUAUUUCAAAGUCACAAUGUGGGAUACUGCUGGUCAGGAGCGCUACAGAAAUGCGAUGAUUCCGUCUCUUUACAAGGGCUCUAACGGCGUAUUAUUGAGUUACGAUAUUUGCAACAAGAAAAGCUUCGAAAACUGCCUCGAUUACUGGCUGGAAGAAGUUCUCAAUGGCUGCUCAAACGAUCAGCUUUUGCGAGUCUACUUGGUUGGCAACAAAAUUGAUCUAUACAAGGUCAGACAGGUAACGCACGAAGAUGUGUUGCGACUCAUCGAUAAGGCCGAAAGAAAGUUCGGCUUGAAAAUUGCAGGCAAUUUUGAGGUGAGCUGUAAAUGGCAUCAAGUAGUGGAGCGUACCUUUAAUAUCAUUAUAAAAGAUCUGGUAGAGCAAGGUUGUUAUGAAAAUGAUUGCACUAUUCAAGAGGACUCACCUGAACCUGCACAGGUCUCUUCCGAUGAACCGACGUACCCAGGAACGAUAGGCAACACUGCGCCGCUUGAAAUUCAGAGAAGAGGGUCCACAGUCGUGCGGCGAAGAGCCAAAGAGAAGCCGAAGACGGUUGACAUUUCGAAGCCUCAGGGGUCAGAGAACAGGACAAGCGGAUCGACCUGUUGUGCUUAA